GCUCUAAGAGAGCCGGACAAAAGGAUAGACAGAGGGCAAGAGUCAGCUACAUGGUAGAGGGGAAGCGUGUGUGCAGGGAGACCUUCAUGUUUCUACACAGUGUUGGUAACACCCAGCUUCGGAAUAUCACCAAAAGCUACCUACAGAAAGGGGUCGUCCCUCCAUCUAAGGCAUCAGGUGGCAUCAAGGCGAACAAAGCAGCUCUUUGCAGCGAUGACAUCAACAGAGUUGUGACGUUUAUCACAAACUUCGCAGACACCCAAGGCCUCGUCAUUCCAGGGCGCAUCAGUGGCGUCAAGAGCUCCGAUCCCCGUAUAAGACUUCUCCCGACCAAUCAGACGAAGGCGUCUGUCUGGAGAAGCUAUGAGACGGAACUUGCCUCCAAGAAUGAUCAGCGUGUGGCAAAAGGACUUCCUCCUCAUAGAAGUGCAAAGCAGACAACAUUUCUUAAUGUUUGGAGGAGAUACUGCCCCUUUGUGAUCACAUCUCGCCCCAAAAUUGACCUGUGCUGGCAGUGCCAGAAGAACAACUCUGCAGUGUACCAGAGCGCCAACCUAACUGAGGAAGACAAGCUCGGCCGUAUCCAGACCCAGACAGAACACCUUGCCCAUGUUGCUGUUGAGAGGAACCUAUACCGGGACAUGGUUCUUGACUCCCAAGCUGCCGUCAAGGAAGGGAGAGAUGGGGAGGAAAUGCACUACUCCUUUGACUAUGCUCAACAGAUGCAUUUUCCCACCGAUCCUGAUCAGCCUGGCCCCAUGUAUUUCCUAUGCCCAAGGAAAUGCGGUUUGUUUGGAGUGACAUGUGAUGGUACAAACAAGCAAGUUAACUACCUCAUCGAUGAAGGGAUGACUUCAAGCAAAGGUUCCAACUCUGUAAUAAGUUAUCUUCACGACUACUUCGAUCAGUUUGGGAGGGGUGAGCGAGUGCUGCAGUUGCACUGUGAUAACUGUGGAGGACAGAACAAGAACAAAUUGCUCAUGUGGUAUCUCGCCUGGAGAACUCUGUAUGGUUUGCACGACGAGAUUGGUGUUCAUUUCAUGGUAUCCGGACACACAAAGUUUUCACCCGAUCGUGCAUUUGGCCUCGUGAAACACCGAUACAAGAGGACCUUCGUCAGCAGCCUGCAGGACAUCAGUGACGUUGUAGAGGAGAGCUCUGUCAACGGACACAACAUUCCUCGACUUGUGGGACUGGAGGAUGGUACAGUUAUCGUACCAAGCUACGACUGGCAGAGCUUUCUUGCACCGUUCUUCUUCCCUCUCGCUGGCAUCAAGAAGUACCAUCACAUCAGGAUUCAGCAAUAGGAACUCGCUGAUAGUAAGUGUUAUCGGAUGAGAUACGAACAAGCUUGACCACACCCAUCAGGAUUGCCAUAGCAACCAAUGUUGCUAUCAUUCCAAGGAGGAGCAUCGCAAGAGGGUUGUAGGAAGCCAAAUCUGUGGAUAUUGGAAAAUAUAAAAUAUGGUAGAACAAUCGGAUGUGGAUUAGAUAUAUUCACAAGCGUAUCCAUGGAAACAGGGAACGACCCUCCUUCCCGUCCCCCUCCUCCCCGUCCCCUCCACCUUUAAGUAGAAAAUAGAAAAGAGCAUCUGCUAAUGGCAUAUUUUAAGUUAUUGCAAUCCUUAUUGUGUCCUGUAAAGAAUUAUCAUAACUGAGUGUGCUAAGCUAUCUAUGAGGAAAAUGUUACAAUUUCAGAUUUUUUAAAUGGUUGUUGUUCCAAAAUAGUACAUACCAUUAGUAGCCAUAUCGCUGGUUGAGCGACCGAUGUGGAUCGGACCAUUACUGAUGGUGUGAGUGGACAUAACGGACGAAGAUCGACGUUUGCGGCCGGGAGGUGGAGAUUCUGAGGGGCAUCCUGCGUCUCGAAACUUUUGAGCCUUCGCGGCACCACAUACCUUCACUGAACAAUGAAUGUACACCUGAGAAAAAUAAAAUAUGAUGAUGCAUGCAUUACAAUAGAUUUUUUGAUACUGUCUAAACAUCCAAACAAAUGUGCUGUUAAAGUUUUCCUAAAAUUACGCUUCAAAAUUAUCAAGAAGUGCCUCAAAAAAAGUAAAAAUAUUUGAGUGACCGGUUUUACCAUACUCGUUUUCCCCAAUAG